UUUUUAAACACAUCAUGGUUACGGAAGUCUGAUACAAACUUCUCCGACUCCGCAUCAAUCGACGAGAUCAGCUAACCUUCAUAGAUGUUUAAAAGUGAAUCCGUCCUAUCAAAGGGAUAAAUCGGAUCAAUAUCAGUUUUUCAUAAAUGGGGUGUUGUUAUGGAAGGAGGCCAUAAGCCAAAAGCGACUGGUUUCAAACUCUUUCCUAGUAGCAAGCAGAGAUCUUCCACCAAUUCAAACAGAGAGAACGGUUCUAACAACAGUGCGUCGUCGGCAGCUGCCCAAUCAGAGCCAAGAAGGCAGCUGAAGACACUUGAGUUGACUCCACCAGACUUCAAAGUUGACAGACAGAUCCUCAUCGAUAGCUAUCUAGAUAUCGAAGUCAAGUUUUUAGGCCAACUUGAAGACAUCCCAUUUGAAAUAGACCCCACCAAGAGAACAGAAAUACUCAGGAACAUUGAUACAGCAAGGAAAAAUAAAAUUUUACCAUGGAACAGUCACUCCAGUCGCUACGACGCCAUCAUUCGUCUGUCUGCAAGACAAAUCAACGUUUUACGAAAAGACGAGACAUCUCUAGUUCGUGCCUUCAUUCACAAUAUUGUCUCAGUCAGCUAUGUACGAGAUGAUGCUCAACAUCUUGUCAUCAUGAAAACAGCUACGGAAAGUCAACAAGAAAAAUGUGAGCUUGUCGUAUGGGAAUGUCCCUCUAAGGAAAAAUCAGAGGAGAUCUGCGCUAUAGUCCAGCAGAUCUUUGAAGUAGUGUACACUGAAAUGACCAUGAAACAAUUUGAUCUCUCACUCAUGCAAGCCGUUAAAGACUAUUCAAUAGGUAGAUCCACAGUAAGUCACCAAAGACCUCCCUUGCCUGGCCUGUAUAGUCAACCAGAUACAAGCAGUGAGGCAGUCCCAUAUUCAGGGGCUAAUCCCAACUCAAAUAGUGCAGAAAUCAUCAGCGUCACAGCUAAAGUAUUGUUACAAGAAUACAUUGAAGAGCUGAGAAGUAAACUAAGCGGUGAAGAGCUGCAGCAGUUUGCGUCCAUUUUAAAAGACUAUCGGCAAAUGGGUUCGAUAGAGAAUUUCUGUACCAGUUUACAAAGGUUAUAUGGCCCAGACAGAAAGACAUUAUUUCCAGGGAUGCGUAUGUGUCUGAUCAGCGACCAUCACAGAUCCUUCUUCGACAGCUACAUGCUAGCCAACGACAUCGACGACCCCUAUGGGAGCCGCAGUCGUGCCUCCAUCGGGAAUAUGAGCGAUGACGCCGACUCCACUAUAAGUGGAAACUCGGGUCCAUUCACGCGGUCUUUGCUCUCUGCUAUGGGCACUAUUGAACCUGUCUCCCCUACGUUGUGAUGAAUGAAUAUUCAUGAGCUUCAAUCUAUGUUGAAUGAACAUUUAAAUGAUUUAAUUAGAUGAAUAUUUAUUAGUCUCAUGAUGAUGACGAUGAUGAUGCUGCCUACGUAAAUCUGAUUUAUAAGUGAUUGUUACUUGAGGUACAACUGUAUAUAAAGAUCCAGAGCUGUAAUUAUUUUUAUUUCAGUGAAAUAAUUGUUUAAUGUUAUUCAUUUCUUAUUCUUCGAAUUCAUUAGCUUUUAUUUGCUUCAUCUGAAUUUUCAUCUGACAUCAUAUUCAUUGAUUCAGUGAGAAGUUAUAAUUUUCCAUUGAAGGCUGAUUUGCAUAGCAUCGUUAUAUAUGCAUGUUUGUAUUCAUACUAUACUCCUCCAAACUACAAAGAUCUAACUGAUUCUUGAUUAUGAACUAAUUUGCAUGUAAGACAAGCCCAUCCCUUGUCUAAUGAAUAUUCAACUGCUUUCAUCUACACGUAUGAAUAACAUCGAUCCAGCUGUUAAACAGUAAAUAGCAAGAACAGAAAAAAAUACAAAUUUCACUUGAUUAAUGUACAGGGUCUUCUUUGGUUACAAGAAAGCAAGUAAACAGCGCCAUCUUUUGUCAAUGUAUGCACAAUUUUUCUUGGUGGAUAUUCUUUCUGGGUUUUUUCCCAUCUUAAUAGCUCUAAGUAUUUCAGGUCUAUGAUAUAUUGUGUAUAUCCUCACAGCCCUGAUGAGGAUUUUGUUAAUCGGUUGACAACUGGAACCGGGUUUAUACCUGCACAAAGUCUUUGGGAAUAACAGAAUUAAGUAUUCAACAGGUUUAGGUCUCUAUUUCACUGCUUGUGUAGCAUUUGAUUUGCGUUUAUUCACUCUGUUGUUGCUGACUAGAACCCCCCUCCCUUUGUCUUCUUCUUUACUGUGGUUAAAGGAUGAUUUAAACUUAAGCCAAAAUUCGAAGUUUGUGGUUAUCGUGACAGUAAUAGGCAUUUUGUAUGUAUAGUCCUACACAAUUUUUGUUUUUGUUCUGAUGUUCAAAGUUGCUUUAGUCUUUACAACUUUGUUACAACUUUUUUUGUAUACAAUGUAUACACACAUUUGAUGUAUCCUGGAGAUGCUGUGUGUUUAUGAGAUCAUAAUCAGCAAAUAUUACCUUUUAUAGGUGUAAUGACUAGGUGUAAUGACUAGGUGUAAUUACACAGGGGGGAUAACACAGGAGCUUUGGGCAAUAUUGCCGCUGAAAUGCUAAAAAAAGCCCUGGAAAUUGAAAAAUGAGCCCCCAAAAUCCCCCAUUUACUGCACAAAUAAAGCUUAAAUCCAGUUUGCAGAUGCAACUGGUUGUAAAAAGCAGUCAGCCAUGUAUUUUGAAGCAUCGACACAGUUUUAAAAAACAGAAACAAACUGAACAGUAAGCCUCCUUUUGAAAUGGAUAUGUGUACAUAGAAAGGAUUCAACAUUAUCUUAAUCAAAUAUUUAUAAUCUAGAUUUGAGCACAGUUCCAUUUAAAAGAAAAUUUUAUUGAUGAUUCAAAAUCAUAGUUUUAUGUUUUGCUACACAGAUUAGUUAGCAUAGGUAAUUUUACAAGCCAAGAGAAAGAGCGUUCAAUUCAAAGUGGUGAUAAAGUAUAUAUUUUACUAUGCAUUUCACUAUUCACUUCUAAAGUAAUUUACUUUAUAAAGCGAAAUUUAAGCAAAUAUUCUUGACAACUAUUGACAUAAAAGUCUAAGCCAAAUAAUGUGAAUUGAAUGUAUCCACCUGCAUGCAUCAGAUGACUUGGUAUUACUGCGCAUAUAUACAUUGUAAACUGCACACAAGCCAUACAUAGGCUAGGUAGGGGCCGAGUGAAGCAAAAUUCUCCAAACCCAAAAGAAUAAUUACAAAGAUGGAUAUAGGUAUUCAACAUUUUAUGUUGAAUUAAAUACUUACAUGUGAGCCAGAAUUUGAAAUAUAUUACUAUGUAUUUAAAAUACUUUACCAUCUAUGGUAUUCAAUUGCAUGUUUUGGCUAUUAAAAUAAUUUUGCUUAAAUCUAUUAAAGUCCUGUGCCUACCUGGCUCAAAUCUGGCUAGCAAAUGAGCAGUCAAGCAUUCUUUGCACAGAUGGAUACAUAUUUGGCUCAAACUUAAAGUAUUUUGUUAUUUUAUAGCAAACUUGUAUAUUGCUGAAAUUUGGCUUGAUAAAGUAAAAUGUAGAUGCAAUCUGAAUAGCUUUUUGCUUAGCCAAGUGAACUGUUGAUUAAAUUACUUGCAAAAUCAUGACUUUAAAUAUUUUCCAACCUAAGACUGCCUGAGAUGCCUAUGGGAAGAUGUUCUAACAGUUAUCAUGAUCAUGUACCUGUACAUGUACAUUAGUAGUUGUGUGUUCAUUAAAGUUUAAAAGUUGACAAGUCAUGAUUGUGGAUUAAAGGAAUCUAUAUGAAAUAGAUUUAUGUAACUUGACUUAGAUUCCUUAUAAUAUAGUGUUAUCAUUUUUUGUAUUCAGUUUUAUUCCACUUUUUAAUACAAAGUGGCUUUUGAUUUGAAACAAGUUCAAUUUGUUUUGGUGUAUAAAUGUCUAAUUUGUAAACAUUUUUUGCUGAUUUGGUAAAAUUCACUCCAUCUUGGGGGAGGGGGAGGAAACGGUAAAUGAUUUAUCUUCAAACCCAGCAGAGAUUGUGUGCAUUUGAAUGGAAUCUCCCCUCCAUUUUUUGUGUGGUUUUAAAACAUGGCUUUGUGAAUAAAGUGGAUUGCUGAAAGUCAAAAUGAAUGAUUCGAACAAAAACUAUGUGAGCACUGAUGUCUCAGGAGAUGCAAAUGAGGGGACUUUAAAUGACAACACCAAUCACUGUUUGUGUUUUAUUUGAAAUUGACACAUUUUCCUUUUGUCCACAUUGUGAUGUAAAAAAUGUUUGAUUCCUCAGUGAACAUGUAUUAAUUAAUUGU